GUGUGGAUCCCCAAACAAACAUGUCUUGUGGGUGAAGAAGUUAUUUCAAAUUGUGUUGACUUCAAUGUGUUGGACUGUUAAGUGCUUUAUAAUACUUAUAAUUCGUGGUAUAAAAUAUUGUAACUGACUAGGGAUGGGACGGCCAUGCACAAAAUGUCCGUCGACGACGGUUCAGAGCUGCUGCGGUCUUCGGAACCUGAGGGUAGCCAGUGUAAUGAUAGGAUUUUUCAAAGUGUUGCUGUUCUUCGCAGCAAUAAUAGGCUUAAUAUCAAUAAUGAGCGGCCACCACACAGGCGCGAACGAGGAAGAGAUAGCUCAGAAACCUACGGCCCAGCUGGUCCUAGCGCUACUGAUGAGUAUAGGAUUCCUGUUCCUGGCUGUUGUGUUGAUCGCUGGAUUGUUUAAGAAACGCCGCAACUACGUGAUGAUUUACUGGGUGUCUAACUGGGUGUGGAUCGCGCUCUCUCUAAUAGGCCUCUUCACGCAGUCGCAGGGCGUGCUAGAGUGGAUUAUGGUCUUCUGUUAUACUGUGGCGGACAUCUACUUCCAAAUCGUGAUCCGGAGCUACUACCUCGAGAUGACGGGCGCCGUAGCUGCGCCCGCGUACCCACCACAACAUACAGCGCCCGGAAUUGUUAAAUAUUAGACUAGCCAUAUUAAACCUUUAGGGCCAUAAAGACGGUUUUACCUUGUAACCCCGGGCCGCAAAAUGAUGACUAGGAUCUAUACCAGAAUCACCUGGUCGGCCAAGUAAAAAGCCCCGCCCGCCGCAGGUUGAG